CAAAAAUGAUUGGAGGACACAGGUGCCACGUGCACUAAAUGCACUUUGACCAAAUCUUGACUCCCAACUUAAACCUCGUAAUUUGUUUUUAACGUCUAUACUUGUACUUGCACACUUCACUGACCUCCCUUUUUAAAAGAUACGGUGCUGUGCUGUAGGCCUAACAAGAAAAGGACAACAUGGCCCUGAGCGGCUUUGACAUAGACGCCCCGCGAUGGGAUCAGUCCACCUUCAUGGGGCGAAUCAAGCAUUUCUUCAAUAUCACUGACAGCAGGACAGCACUGCUGCCCGACUCCAGGCUGGAUGAGGCCAAGGUGCUCGUGGAGAGCUGCAGAGCUGGGUCCAUUCCCCCCGGUACGACAGAAGAACAGCUGUUUUAUGCCAAGAAGCUUUACGACUCUGCCUUCCAUCCAGACACGGGUGAUAGAAUGAACCUGAUUGGUCGGAUGUCUUUCCAGGUGCCUGGAGGCAUGGCUAUUACAGGAGCCAUGUUGCAGUUCUACAGGUCAGUCCCAGCGGUGGUGUUCUGGCAGUGGGUGAACCAGUCCUUCAACGCCUUGGCCAACUACACCAACCGCAACGGCGCCUCUCCAAUCACAUCAAAACAGAUUGGAGUUGCAUAUUUCACAGCCACCAGCACAGCUCUGAUCACUGCAGUGGGCCUCAACCUUUACACUAAGAAAGCACCCCCCCUGGUGGCGCGAUGGGUGCCCUUCGCUGCUGUGGCUUCAGCUAACUGUGUGAACAUCCCCAUGAUGAGACAACAGGAGAUCCUCAAUGGCAUUGCUGUCACUGAUGAGAAUGGGAACAAGCUGGGACAUUCAAGGAAAGCGGCAGCGAAGGGAAUCACACAAGUGGUGAUCUCUCGUGUCACCAUGGCAGCACCAGGCAUGAUCAUCCUGCCCAUAAUCAUGCAGAGGCUGGAGAAGUACAGGUUCAUGCAGAAAAUCACCUUCCUCCAUUGCCCACUGCAAGUCAUGAUGGUUGGAAUGUUCCUUGUAUUUAUGGUUCCCGCCGCCUGCUCCCUGUUCCCUCAGCAAUGUUCCAUAGCCGUGUCUAAGCUGGAGCCAGAGCUGAGGGAGUCCAUCGCCUCAAAGUACGGAGACAAGAUCCAGUGUGUGUACUUCAACAAGGGCCUCUGAGCUGCCACCCACUCCCAGGCUCAGCAGGCCCAGAGGCCGAGCUGAGCCCACGCCCACUGAGGCAUUCUGGGACUCUGAGGAAGCUGUGUAGCCAUAGGCCAAUCACAAGCCUUCCAGAUAAGAGUUCUGUUAAUGGAAGGUGGAGAAAAUGUGGUGGUGCAUACGCACACACACACACACACACACACACACACUGCUUUUAUUUUUUAAAUCUGUGAUAUGACCGUGGUUUUGUGGGACAAGGUUGUCAAGUUAUGUCU